AUGUAUGCAGGUGCAAAGCGCCCACCUUCUUGGCCCGACGAGCCUAACAGGCCUGCGAAGCGAUCCCGUACGCAGCAAAACGACAAACCGAACGAACCCCCUUCGUCCCCACUGAAGCCACUUGAUAAGACAGUUACAUCGAAGCCAUUUGACGCAUUUAAGCCAGAGCCGUUUGAGCCAACAAUAGAGAAGGUCGAAUCUGACUGCUGGACCUUGUUACGGAAAUGGAUACCUAUACGUCUAGUUGAAAAAUGGGUCAGAUGGACUAAUGAAAAGAGGGCUGCAGCAGAGGCGCCUGGAGCGCGUCAGGCUUCUUGGACUCCGACUUUUGUGGACGAAAUAUAUCUUGUGAUAGCUAUCUUGAUUUAUAUGGGCCUUCAUACUGAGAAACGAAUCCAAGAUUACUGGAAAGUAAGCCCUACAUGGCCGAGGCAUGUCUUUACAAGACUUAUCUCUCGAGAUCGGUUCCUUCUCCUGCUACGGAAUCUCUGUUUACACGACUCAUUUACUUCUGCAACCACAGUCUGGGACAAGGUGGAUGAAUGGAAUCUACAUAUGCAAGGUAUUGCAAUGCUUCUUUGGCACCCAGGAUCUCAAAUAUCUGUUGAUGAAGCUAUGAUUCCAUUCAGUGGUAGAAGCAAGGUGAUCGUGCACAUGCCAUCAAAGCCAAUUCCAAUUGGUUUCAAGGUCUGGGUUAUGGCACAACAAGGCUACUUUCUUCAAUGGGUUUGGCAUGAAAAGGGCAAUGGGCCUGUUGGAUUGCCUUCUCAAGUCUUCGCUGGAAAGCCUCUUGCAAAUACACAGGCUGUGGUUGCAUAUCUAUUAUCCAAACUCCCACCCCCACCAUCUUCAGCUCAUGCUUUUACGAGAGCGCGGGAUUGCAACAACUGGUACAACGAGAGUUCGAGGAGGUAUUGGUGA